AUGUUCUCUCAAACCUCUACUAAUAACUUUUGGCCAAAGAAUCAAAACCAGACUUCCAAUAAUCCAAAUAAGGACGUUGAAGUGGUUUCACCACCAAGUGAUUCUGUCAGUUCGCUAGCUUUCAGCCCACCAUCCAACAAUGCCAUCUUUUUAGUUGCAACCUCGUGGGAUAAUAAUGUUAGUUGUUGGCAAAUUAAUGGUGAUGGCACCUCACAACCAAAAGCUCAACAGUCUCAUUCUGGCCCUGUCUUGGAUUCAAGUUGGCAGCAUGAUGGCACAAAAAUCUAUACCGGCUCUUGUGAUAAAACUUGCAAGAUGUGGGACCUGCAAAGUAAUCAAUUUGUCACUGUAGGCCAGCAUGAUGCUCCUAUUAAGACCGUUAACUGGAUCAAUACUCCCAAGUAUUCUUGUGUUCUAACUGGUAGCUGGGAUAAAACAUUAAAGUUUUGGGAUACACGAAGUCCUCAACCCAUGUUGGUUAUACAAUUGUCGGAACGUUGCUACUGUGCCGACGUGCUGUACCCGAUGGCAAUGGUUGGAACUGCUGAGAGGACUCUCAUCUGCUACAAUCUCGAAGGAACGCCAACGGAAUAUAAGAGUCGAUGUAUCAGUAUAUUUAAGGAUAAAAAGGAAGCUCCGACUGGGUUCUGUGUGGGUUCGAUAGAAGGUCGUGUGGCAGUACAGUAUAUUCAAGCUAGUAAUUCGAAAGACAACUUCACGUUUAAAUGCCAUCGGGAUAAUAAAGCUAGUGGAGGUCUUGAUAUAUAUCCGGUUAACGCUAUUGCACGGCAUCCGAUUCACGGCACAAUUGCUACGUGUGGUUCUGAUGGUAGAUUCAGUUUAUGGGAUACUUUAUCUAGAACGAAACUUAAGGGUUCUGAGCAGAUGGAUCAACCUGUAACGACUUGUACUUUUGAUCCGCAAGGAAAUUUAUUUGCAUACGCUACUGGUUACGACUGGUCCCGGGGUCAUGAGUUUGCUAAUUCUCAAAAAGGCUCGAAAAUAUACCUGCGUUAUGUUGCAGAAGAAGCAAAACCUCGCAAGAAGCGGUAA